UAAGCAGUAAGCAGUAAGCAGUAAGCGACUCCAACCCAACCCAACGCUGCCCUGCGCGCCAAACACUUUAUUUGGCUUUGCCUUUUUUCACCCUUUAUUUCUGUAACUUCAAUAAAUCCAGUUCCAAUAAUAUAUGCACUUUUCAUCACAACUCAUCUGUCACCGGCACCCGAUAGAUCUAUCUAUUCCAUUUAACAUUUCAUCAAAUCGAAUCCGAGAAGAAAGAGUAAAGACUGCGUCCGACUGAAACAGAACCAUGGAUGAGAAGCUCAUACAAAGGCUUGAAUCCGCGGUGGUCCGCUUGGAGGCCCUAUCCACCAGAUUCCCUGCUGCCGCUUCACCGGGAGAUGCUUCCGAUGUGCCUGAUUCGGCGGCGCUCGACCCUUCCAUCGUUGCUUACGACGAUCUGAUGGACCAGUAUUUGGCUAGGGUUUCAGCUGCCGCUGAGAAGAUUGGAGGACAAGUCUUGGACGUCACAAAGGUUUUGCACGAAGCUUUUUCUGUUCAGAAGCAGCUUCUGAUUAAAGUCAAGCAAAGUCAAAAACCUGACCUUGCUGGGUUGGCUGAGUUUCUGAAACCUUUAAAUGAAGUGAUCAUGAAAGCUACUGCAAUGACAGAAGGAAGGAGAUCAGAUUUUUUUAACCACUUGAAGGCUGCUGCUGACAGCCUCUCAGCUCUAGCAUGGAUUGCAUUUACAGGGAAGGAUUGUGGUAUGAGUAUGCCCAUUGCACAUGUGGAAGAAAGUUGGCAAAUGGCUGAGUUUUAUAGCAACAAGGUGCUUGUAGAGUAUAGAAACAAAGACCCAAAUCAUGUUGAAUGGGCCAAAUCUCUGAAAGAGUUAUAUCUACCUGGUUUGAGAGAUUACGUCAAGGGGUUUUAUCCUUUGGGCCCUGUAUGGAGUGCAACAGGAAAAAGUAUUGCUCCGACAAAAGCUGCUGCUGCUCCUCCUCCUCCUCCUCCACCUGCUUCUCUCUUUAGUUCUGAAUCUUCUCAACCUUCAUCUUCCAAGCCAAAAGAUGGGAUGUCUGCUGUUUUCCAACAACUCAGCACUGGGAAUGUCACUGCAGGUUUGAGAAAGGUUACAGAUGAUAUGAAAACAAAAAACCGGGCAGAUAGAACUGGAGCUGUUGCCAUUAGUGAAAAAGAAAGUCGUGUGGCUUCUCAUGCAUUUUCUAAAGUAGGACCCCCAAAGCUCGAGCUUCAAAUGGGCCGCAAGUGGGUUGUUGAGAAUCAAAUUGGAAAAAAGGACUUGAUCAUUGAAGAUUGUGAUGCAAAGCAGUCUGUUUAUGUUUAUGGAUGCAAAGAUUCGAUUUUGCAUAUUCAAGGCAAGGUCAACAAUAUCACUAUUGACAAGUGCACAAAGAUGGGAGUUGUAUUUAAGGAUGUUGUUGCAGCUUUUGAGAUUGUAAACUGCAAUGGCGUUGAGGUGCAAUGUCAGGGUUCAGCUCCAACAAUAUCGGUGGACAACACUUCUGGCUGCCAGCUUUAUUUGAGCAAAGAUUCCCUAGAGACAUCCAUAUCUACUGCCAAAUCAAGUGAGAUCAAUGUGCUGGUACCUGGUGCCGAGCCUGCUGGUGAUUGGGUGGAGCACUCUUUGCCUCAACAAUAUAUUCAUAUGUUCAAGGACGGCUGUUUUGAGACGACUCCCGCCUCCCACUCUGGAGGUUAAAUCGAUUGGCAGUUUGGAGUUCCUACUUAUAUUUUCAUCUUGGAUGGCUGUGGGAGUGGCUUUGAUUUAUUGUUUCUUAAAUUCAUCUAAAAAUGCAUCAGGAUGUAUAUGUGUAUCAUAUGUAUUCUGGCUCAGCUGCCUUUUCUUGUGAUUUUCCACUGGCUUAUUGAAUCAGUGGAAACAUCCAUCAGAUUUUGUUUGCCAAUGUGCAGGAUUGUGCUUGAGCGUGUAUUUUCUUGUGAGUUGCAGUGUGUUUGCUUGCUUUCGGCCUUCAGAGGACCCUUGCGGAUAUGUUUUCCAUCGUCGGAAUACGGUUGUUUCAUUCUCAUGUCUUGUGUUAUGAAAUAUUGAGCCGAAAUGGGACUCGUCUUUGACGAUGCUUGAUGAGGCAUUUGGAGAGUUGUCAAUCAUCAUUAAUUGAUAUUUCCCUCAA